UGUGCUUGCAUGUGUGUGUGUGUGUGUGUGCACAUCUAAUUAUCGGUUUCCAAUAAUCACCAAAACAGAAGCCGCCUGCUUGGAACCGUAACGAUUAUCGAUAAGCGUGGAAAAGUCAAUAAUAAUAGUACUACAGUGAAUAACCGUUACACAAUGAGUACAAUGCAAAUACGUCCACUGAAACCCGCCCUGCAGGCUAUUGCUAUCGAAGAGCUAAAUGAGGUGCCCCACCGGGUGGCAGAGGACAUUGCUGCUCUGCGGGAUUGGGUGCUGAAGCAGCCGCAUCUGCGCGCCUGCACCGAGGAUCAGUUUCUUUUGGCCUUUCUGCGCGGCACCAAAUUCAGCUUGGAGCGAGCCAAGCAAAAGUUCGAUCGAUUCUAUACGCUCCAAGCCUCCAUUCCGGAGGUGUUUAAUGAACGGCGAUUGGCCACGGAUCCUUUGGUGCUUGAGAUUAUACGAUCCGGCAUCUUGUUGCGCAUGCCACAGGACGAAGACGAUGCGGGUCCUUGUGUGACCAUUAUACGCGCUGGCAGCUACGACACUUCGAGAUUUAAAUUCCAGGACAUCAUUCGAGUUGGCUCCAUGUUUGGCGAAAUAAUGAUGUUCGAGGAUGAGAAUGCCACAGUUUCCGGCUAUGUCGAAGUGAUGGACAUGAAAGGCAUCACCGGAACACAUCUGUUUGCCCUGCAGCCGGAAUUGUUGCGCAAGUUCUCCGCGUAUGCGGAUGAAGCUAUGCCCACCAGACAGAAGGGCAUACAUUUCAUCAAUGUGCCGGCCGCUUUUGAGGCAGGCUUCAACACGUUGCGCUCCUUCUUUCCUGUUAAGAUCAAGAGUCGUAUCUCGGUGAGCUCCGAUCCGGAUGCCAUUUUUAACAUUGUGCCUCGCGAUUGUCUGCCGGUGGAAUACGGUGGAACUUUUGGCCUCAUGGAGGACAUUAGUCGCGACAUGGAAGCCAAGCUGAUGAGCUAUGAAUCCUACUUUGUGGCAUCGCAGCAUUUUGGCACCGAUGAAAAGCUUCGCGACUUUAGCAAUCCUCUAGAGGAUAAACGCUCCUCCUUUGGCGCUGUGGGUUCGUUUCGCAAGCUGGAAAUCGAUUGAUAAGCGAGGAUUAUUCCCACUCGCAUUGACAGACGGAUUAGCUUUUUAGCACACACCACGGUUAGGUUUAAGUUGUAAGUGUUUUAUCUUAUCGCAUUACCCGAAAUGGGUUUCAAAUGCUCUAUAAUAAGCAGUUAACAUUCUAUUGUCUUACCUAAUCUAUUGUUUAUUUUGAAUAUCUGCAAUUAUAAUUGCAGUUCGAUUGUGUCUAUAAAAAAUGUUAUUACUUUUCUAUAAUCUCUUUUGAUUCCGGAAUAUUUUUUUCAUUUUUAAAAGACUUAAGAAAUUGUAGAAAAUUGUAUAUGCAUUUUAAAUGUUUUUGAGAUGCAGAUAAACUUAUUUAUAAGAAAUAUUCAUUCCUAUAUAAUUUUGAUGACAAUUAAAAGCAGUUAACCUUGUAAAAUAAAAGAUAAUAAAAAAUAACUGAACAACAUCAACGACAAUUAAAAAGUCAGCUUAGUUUUUUGGUGUUUUUUUGUUUUUAUUUAUUUUGUUGAAUGUUUUGUUUUGGUUUAUUUUAGUUUAUCCAUUUUUGAUAUCAUUUUUACCAUUGAGCCAUUAAAUUGCUGGAUCUUUUACACUAAUAAUGAUGCCUCAACUAGGUGUGGUUGCUGUGGAGUUUUGGAGUUCGCUGUGGAGUUUUCUUUUUUUUGUAUUUCUCAUUUCAGUUUGUCAGCUAUGUGAACCCGAUGAUGAUCAUUAAUAAAUAUACACAUACAUAGAUUUGAAC